AUGCCGGUCGGGGAGGAUUCCCGACCAGCGUUGCAAAGAGGUCAAACAGAGGAUAAUCUACUGGAUCGGGAAGAAAGUGCAGCUGAACUUGUUGAUAUUCCGUAUGAGGAAAUUGUGAGUUUUUAAAAAGUUAUGUUUAGUUUUUUGGAAAAAAAAACUAUUGGUAACAUUUUGAAAUUCAACACAGCUAGUGAAUGAAACUGAUAAGGGUGUUCAAUGUUUAUUCAUUGAAUUUUGGGUUAUAGAGUUCGAAGUUAAGAAUUUUGAAUUCAUUUUAUCAAAAUUCGGAAUCAGAAUUUUGGUGUCUAUUACUGUAUUUUCGAAAUGUUAUUUUGAUAAACAUAAUUAUUGAUUCUGAAAACAUUCCAUCCAAACUUUUCCAUACAAUAAAAACACGACAAACAUUUUUAAAUAAUUCGAUUAUGAUUAAACCAACAAAAUCACAAAUUUUUCCAGGAAAAAGCCUUCUCUUGGAAAAAGCUAUGGGCGUUCACAGGACCCGGUUUCCUCAUGAGUAUCGCAUAUUUGGAUCCAGGAAAUAUUGAGAGUGAUCUACAAUCUGGUGCAUUGGCAGCUUAUAAACUUCUUUGGGUGCUUUUAUCAGCUCAUGUAAUUGGUAUGGUUUUGCAAAGAAUGUCAGCAAGACUUGGUGUUGUCAGUGGCAAACAUAUGGCUGAAGUGGCGUUUAACUUUUAUCCAAAAGUUCCACGACUAAUUCUUUGGAUAAUGAUUGAAAUUGCGAUUGUUUGCUCAGAUAUGCAAGAAGUUAUUGGAACUGCCAUUUCAUUUUACCUGCUCUCCAGGGGACUGUGAGUUUUUAUCAAUAUUUUCAAAGUAAAUUAAUCAGACUCCUUUCAAUUUUUCCAGCAUUCCAUUGUAUGUUGGUGUGUUCAUUACGAUUUUUGACACACUCACUUUCCUGCUUGUUGAUCGAUAUGGUAUUCGAAAACUUGAAUUCAUCUUUGCUGUCCUUAUUUCCACUAUGGCUUUGAGUUUCGGAUAUGAAUUUUUGGUUGUGAAACCACCAGUUGGUGAUGUAUUGUCAGGAAUGUUUGUUCCGUGGUGUGCAGGAUGCGGCAAAACUGAAUUUAUGCAAGCGAUUUCGGUUGUUGGAGCUGUUAUCAUGCCGCAUAAUUUGUAUUUGCAUUCAGCAUUGGUUAAGGUGGGUUUCAAUUUUUGAUUUGAUUAUGGUGUUUUGAUUUUUUGUUUUCUGUCGAGAACGCCGGAGUCUACUCGGGCAAAAAACGGCGAGGUCGCUACCAAUCGGGGCGGAGUCGCUACACGUUUCGGGCGACUGGCCCGAGGCUGUUUGGGCGAGCUUGAGGCGACUUGCCCGAGCGUGAAGCAACUUGCCCAUAUCUCGCUCCGAUCCAAUCUCUCGGAGGGUGUCCAGAAGCAUUUUUCAAAAAUUGUAUCUAUGGAGCAAAAGUAGAUCUACUUAAAGCUUUAUUACCCUACAUUUAUAUGGGCCAUUUAAUCAAUGAAUCACUGUGAAAUACCGAAAAAAAGCAUAAAAACCAUGAUUUAAAAAAUGAGCAAAAAUUGUAGCGAGUUGCCCGGCACUCGCCACUUUUUAGGCGCGUUUGGGACAACUCGCUACAAAACGAGUCUCGAAAAUUUUGUAGCGAGUCGCCCCGAGCUAUGUCACUUUUUGGCCGAGUAUAUAGUUAUUGUCUUUUUGGUGAACAUUUUCAGCAAAAGUUCAAUUCUGUUCAAGAAAAAGUCUAGACAAAUAAAACUAUUUCGUAAAAAAAAACUUAUUUUAUCAGUAAGGAAUUUCCCAGAACAUCAUUUUUUCAGAGUCGCAAAGUUGAUCGUAAGAUUCGACGAGAUGUUAGCGAGGCCAACAAAUAUUUUACCAUUGAAUCAGCCUUGGCACUAAUUGUCAGCUUUUUCAUAAAUAUGUUUGUUGUUGCUGUUUUUGCACAUGGUCUUUAUCAAAAAACCAACGCCGAUAUCGUGAGUUUUUUUUCAAAAGAAAACUUGAUAUCUCAAAACAAACAUUUCAGUAUCAAAUGUGCUUGGAUCAACCAGGAAUUCCUGAUCGACACGCGUUUCCAAACAACACCGAACCUGUUGAAGUGGAUAUUUAUAAGGUAUGAUCUUUUAAUAAUGUUUUUUUUUGAGAAAAAAAACAAGAAAUAUUAAUCUAAUUAGGGUGGAAUAUAUCUUGGUUGUCAAUUUGGAUUAGCUGCAAUGUUUGUAUGGGGAAUCGGAAUAUUUGCGGCUGGACAAAGUUCAACAAUGACUGGAACAUAUACUGGACAAUUUGUUAUGGAAGGUUUUGUCAAAAUUGAAUGGCCAAAAUGGAAACGAGUUUUGGUGACCCGAGCGAUUGCAAUUACACCAACAUUGAUUCUGACAUUCUAUGCAGAAGGAGUUCAAAAUUUGACUGGAAUGAAUGAUUUGUUGAAUUGUGUUCAAAUGAUUCAGUUGCCAUUUGCACUAAUCCCUAUUAUAACAUUUACAUCGAGCCGAAAAAUUAUGCACGAUUUUAAGAGUUCGAAGUGAGUUUCAGCUGUUUCAAAAUUCGAAAAAAAAAAUAGAAAUAAGGUCACCAAUGUUCGUAUUCUGCAUUUUUCACCUGUUUUGAAACUGAGAUAGGGAGAACGUUCAUUUAAAUGUCAUCAUGCUAUUUUCCACGUCACAAAGAAACAUGGAAAUAAUAAAUGUUGGGUUCAGAAAAAUCAGAUUUUGUAGAAAACCGACGCAGGUUUGAAAGUGGAGAUGAUUAGUUGGAGGAACUGGUUCAUUCGUUCAUUCCAAAAUCAAUCUUGCUGCAACCCUCCCCCGUUCAGAAAAAAAAUGUUCGAAUGUUUUGAAAGCUACUGUAUUGUUUUUGUUUUGUUUCCAACACAUACAAAUGACGCUAAAGUUUUUUCCGAUCAAAACAGAAAAUCCGGUGUGUGAAAAACGUGCAAAGUUUGUUUUGUUUUCCAGAUCCUUCCAAAUUUUUGCAAUCUCUGCAUCAGCAAUUAUUCUAUCUAUCAAUGUAUAUUUCAUUUACGAUUAUGUUUCAUCAAACUUGGGAACCGAGUGGUAUGUUCUCAUUAUUUUUCUACCAGCCACUCUUGCAUAUAUCACUUUUGUUGUAUAUUUGGUGAGUUAUUUGCUUGUCUUAUUUUUAGUUAGAUUUUUUUCCCAAAAAUACAAAAUCACUUUUGUUGUUUUGCAGACUAUUUAUUGCUUUGUUGCUUGUGAAAUCAUUCCGGAAACUUUGACAAUCCGCGGGUUCAAUUUCACAAAAGACUAUGAAAACGACGCCCCUUGGAUGAGAAUUGAACAAUCCCACGACAAUCCAGGAUUUCAAUGA